AUGUCACUACCUGCUCUAAAACGGGCCUGUGAUCAAUGUCACACACUGAAAGAAAAAUGCCGGCGACCGAGUGCAACAACGUCAUGCGAGCGAUGUGACCGAUUAAAUCAAACCUGCAGAACGACGCGAAAUCUAGCGAAACUCGGACGAAAACCAUGCGUCUCAAGAAAACUAUCCUAUAAUCUGCCAACCUCCAACUUCAGCUCAGUCACUUGCAACACAAAGAAACUCGAACUAUCUUCACCCCAAAACAACAACCCAUAUCCCCAUUUCUACCUCCCAUUCGACGAAGGCCUAUUCAGCAACCCAGCCCUAUUCCCAGAACUAGACCAGUGGGAAAGACACUUCCUAAACCUUAUGAAAGACCUGGGCGCACCAUCCCCACUAGACAAAUUCUUAGUCGGGCCAAGCUUCCACGAGUCGCACCACCGUUUAUUUGUGCAGAAUCUUCUGCGGCCUGCGUCCACAUCUAUAUUAAAAGACGCCACAGUCGCCUGUGCGGCAGUACUCCUUGGUGACCAAUAUGCGCAGUACACUAAGACAAGCGUUGAAGUCGGGCAUCGGCGGGCUGCAUCAGCUGUGUCGGGACUGCGCUCAUUGCAGAUAUCCAAAGAACAGGAUUUGGUUACUGCGCUUGUGCUCGGCGUGAGUAUAGUAACCUUCGCUAUGCAUGUUGUCGAUGGACAGCAAUUUCUUAUAUCGCAUUACACUCUGGCGCUUGUUAAGCCGGUUUAUCACACUCUUUUGACAAUGGAUCCUGGUAUUAUGGAUUUUUUGAUGUGUUUGGUUAAUACGGAGACUUUUGAAUGUCUAAUUCGGUCUGAGAUGCCGACUAUCCGGAUCGGCGAACACGAUCGCUGCGAUGUUGUUGAUCGAUAUAUUGGGAUUAGCUCGUCACUUUAUGGUCAUUUAUAUGAUCUUUGUGAGGCCAGUCAUUUGAUGAGACUUGCUGGCGGGAGAAUGGAUAUUGAGAUGGUUGAAAGAUUGGACGCGAUAGAAGAUUCCCUGGAGCGAUGGAAACCUUCACCACCACCUGAUCUUAUUGAAAGAUUUACCCAGUCUGAGGUCGUUGGAAUGUUCGCUCAGGCUAAGGUUCUUUGUCUUGCAGCAUUACUUAUUGCCCAUCGGCUACGCCAUCCCUAUGGACAACGCGACAAGGAAGCAUUGCAGUUGUCCAGCGCUAUUACCGCCCAGAUUGACAUGGCCUUGAAAUCCACAGGGCGUUCAAUACCAUGCACGACACUUCCCUAUACAGUUGCAUGCUUUGAGAUCACCGGGACUGAAGCGCGAGCAGCGGUCAUUGGCAAGAUUCCUGAGGUCGUGACUUUCUCUAGGCAAGCGCAGCUUCAAGUUGGGCGCUCCUUGUCCUCAGUAUGGAAUGCGAGGGAUAGCGGGAACCAGAUCUACUGGUUUGAUCUUGGUAAUUACAUUCGCAAGACACCUUCCACAUGGACGGAUAUAUAA